CCUAAUUAGAUACGGUUACGUUCGGAUUGAAAUUUUAGGGUUGGAGAGUGACGAUGAACUCGCUUCCAAGGAGGUUCGGGAGAGAUCAAGGAUACCUAGACCGAGACCACCGUAGAGGGAGGAGAUCCGGUUCAGACUCCGACGAAGAGCUGAAAGGAUUGAGUCACGAGGAGUACCGGAGGCUUAAACGCCUCAAGAUGAGGAAAUCUGGUAAGCACUGCAUUUGGAGGAACACGCCGAGUCCGCCUAGAGAUCCCAACGAGGUGGAGUCCGAUGAGAACGCCGCCGACGAGGAGGUUCCGGAGAAGGACGAGGAAGAUCCGAAAUCUGAGUCUGGUAAGUCGGAAUCUGAGUCUGAUAGAUCUAGGAAGAAGAGGAAGAGUAAGAGCUCUAGGAGUAAGCGUAGUAGACGAUAUAGCGAUAGCGAAUCUGAAGAUAGCGAGAGUGAUGAUGAUUCGGAUGAGGAAGAUAGGAGGAGAAGGAGGAGGAAGAAGAAGCAGAAGAGUAGUAGGAAGAGGAGAGGACAUAGGAGGAAGAGGAGAUAUAGUGAUUCUGAUGAUGAAUCUGAGAUUAGCGCUUCUUCGUCUUCUGGGGAAGAACGUAGCAAAUCAAAGAGCAAGAAGGACACUGAUUCGAAGGGGAAGUUGGAAGAAGCGGGGAAGGAGCCUGAGCUUGACGAAGAGGAGAUGAAGAUGAUUAUUGAAUCGAAGAAGAAAGCUUUACCAGAAGAUGAAGAAGAAGAAGGUGAGGUGGGUCCAAUGCCGUUACCUAAAGCCGAAGGACACAUCAGCUACGGUGGUGCUUUACGACCCGGUGAAGGAGACGCUAUAGCUCAGUAUGUUCAGCAAGGGAAACGUAUCCCACGUAGAGGAGAAGUGGGUCUCAACGCUGAUGAGAUUCAGAGGUUUGAGGAUCUUGGGUACGUGAUGAGUGGGAGUAGGCAUCAGAGGAUGAAUGCUAUUCGUAUCAGGAAGGAGAACCAGGUUUACAGUGCUGAAGAUAAACGGGCGUUGGCGAUGUUUAACUAUGAGGAGAAGGCUAAGCGCGAGGCUAAGGUGAUGUCUGAUUUGUCGAGGCUUGUGCAACGCCAUAUGGGAGAAGAGUUGGGUCCGAAUCAUGACCCUUUUGGUGCUGGGAAGACUGAUGGUGCUGAUGAUUGAUUUGCUUAGCUUCCCUUCUACUGCUUGUGUGGGUACUUAUCUUAUGCUUUUACUACUUGCUCGUUACUGAGUUUUACAGUUCUAAUAUGCUAUGCGUGUCACAUUAUCGUCUUUGUGUGUUUAAAAAUGGAAGAUUCUGACUUUAAGGAUCUGCUAUUGUUCCUACGCAAUUUGUUUGAGCUUCAGAGAUUAUAGAUUAUGAUUGUGUGUUUAUAUGGCUUAUAGAUAAUGAGUUUCAUAGUUUA